CUCCGGAUCUGUCCGUGUGCGUGCGUCUGCGGGACUAGUAUCCAAACAGUGUACAAGAUGGAUUCCCUACGCAAUGAAUUGUUGGUGAACCAGUUCGUUAUGGCUGCUGGAUGCGCUAGAGAUCAAGCAAGACAGCUCCUGCAAGGUGCAAAUUGGCAGUUUGAGACGGCGCUCAGCAUGUUCUUCCAGGAGGCGGCCGUGGCAUGUAAUGGAUGCGGCACCAGCAGCCGACAGAACAGCUUCCAGAUGCUGCAGACGCCGGCCAACACGCCGGCCACUCCUCCCAACUUCCCCGACGCGCUGAUGGCCUUCGGGAAGAUGUCGACCAGCGACAAACUGGGCACCAGCCCCUCAGCUCACAUGUCGACCUCUCCCGUGACGUCGAUGAUGCCGCCUCCGCCGCCGCCGCACAACCCGUUCGGCUCGCCGGCCAGUCACAGCGGCUCCUUUUCGCCAGCCAACCAUAGCGCAGCCAUGUACGGCUCGCCUGCCAAUCAUGGUGGAGCAGCCUUCUCGCCGGCCAGUCACGGGCCGACCAUGUACGGCUCUCCGGCCAAUCACGGCGGCGCAGGCUUUUCGGCGGCCAAUCACUUCGCUUCGGCGGGCGGUGGCCCGCGGGCUGUCAGUCAGCCGAUGCAGGUGGAAUCGCGCAGAUAAGGCUGGGCCCCUGGCCGGCCGCCGGUGGCCUACACACGCGGCACUUAACACAGGUACAUACAAACGCUGGCAGACCUGCAGAACCGCGCACCCUGCACCGGAAUCAGUAGGCCACCGUGCAUCUAGAGAGAUGUUAGCCCGCCGGCGGCGGCGCUCCGAAGCAGCGGUGACCGCAGUCGCCGCCAGAUGGCAGUGGCCGACGGGCGCCUGCGUUCGGCGGCGGCCGGGCCGCCCGAGCCCGCCUGAUCUCCAUAGGGCGCGCUGCCGGGUCGCCGCACCCGCCGGCGAUCGCCCCCACCCCUCAGCUCGCCGGUGGCUCUUCGCCGAUUGCUCAACACCUCACGCUUCGCGCGGCGGCCCGCGGAGCCGAGUGCGGCCAGCG